AAAUAUGUCCUCGAGGUGGCAUUUGCACCCAAGCCAUGCUGUGCUGCCUGUGAUGUGAACCGGCCUUGUGUUAGCACAUGGUUUGCAGGGAUCUAUUUCAACAGGUUGUGAAACCUACGGAAGGCGGCGGCAUAUACCUACGCACGGAUUUUGCUCCGCCUAUCCCCUAUGUUGUUGGUGAUUCGUUACCCCCUUCAGGUUACUUUUGAAGCUGAUGGAUCAGUUGCGUCCGAGUCGCCCGUUUGUGGAGUGAAGGAAGUACUUGCCAAUUAGGAUGAUGUGAAUAAAUGUAAGGAUGAAACUCUUUCAGUUAGCCGGCGGACAUGACGCCCACCUUAGUUGCAUGUUUCGAUGGAGUAUGUCUGCUUGACCAUCAAGGUCCAGGAGGAAAAAUGACAUAGGUCUUACGUCCCAAUCAAGUCAGCUUCCUGAGCAUCUCUCUUGUCAGCCUCCGUUUCACACGAGUCCAUGUUUUGCCCGGACCCCACAUGGAUUCGUUCAGCUUCCCCUUCGAAAGGAUGAGCAACCUGGACAUGCACCCUCUGAGUUUCCCCAUCAGUCGGCUGUCCCCCGCAAAGUCCUCAGGCAGCAUCGACCAGUACACCCACCACCACGGCAAGGGCGACUCUGCCUACAGCUCAUUCUCUGGUGGCUCCAACGCGCCUGAUCUCUCCUCGCCCUUCUUCCCUGACGACCUUCACGCCCACAACCUUCAGUAUGCAGACUUCAAGUACAUGAAUGCUCCGUUCAACUCGGGCGCAGAGUCUGAACCCAAGAGUAUGGACCAGCUGUAUCGCUCCAUGGAAACCCUCACUAGACGGAGUAACCAGGAAGAUGGCAACUGCAGCAAUGGCAACCAGCAAUGUAGCAAUAAACAAACAUCUAUCCAACCCCCACCCCCACCUCCACCGCCACCUCCUCCCCCUGCUCGACUUGAUAGCUUGGUCAUGAUCAGGAACAUGGAGAACUUCCGGGAACGGCAAAGCCCCGAAGGGCAACUGAGUGACAGGUCGCACCACCAGAGGGCCCAAAUGACGCCACCAUCAAUUCCCAGCAUUCCCUGUUCUGGCCCAGAGGCAGCCUAUCCCCUCCCGGUCCCACCGUAUUACCAGGGUGAGCCAGUGAACCGAGACGCCGCCUCUGCUCAGCAAAAGUCGUGGAACACAUUAAGCCGAUUGGCCCAGAAGCACCCAAGCCUGACGUCGGAACAUCACAACCAGCCGUCUGGCCAGGACUGCGUUAUUCCGGGAGAGGUGCAGCGCAAGAGGGCACACUCCGCCUACGCGGCCCUGCCCCACGUGCCGCAGAGCUCGGCAGACCACUGGCAGCAGCAUCCUCCUCCUCCUCUUCCUCCAAGCUCAAUCAACGGAAGUAUCCAACACAAAGGGCACUUCUACUUUCUGAUGGGCGUUUGCAAGACAGAGGGAUCAGCUGGGGCCAGGCCCUUGACCAACGUUUCAGAUAACUCCUGUGUUGACCCUCAUAAGUCUAUGGAGAGAUUCCAUGGUGUAGAGGGUAUGCCGAGGACCACCAGUCACAGGCGUAACAGUUAUGACACACUGAGCGAAAGAGAACAUUUCCCCCGUGCUCAGGAGCUGAGCGUGAGGAAGCAAGAUGAUGAGUACUUUGGCAACUCUCUUCACAGUAACAACCCGGUCCCACAUAUUUCAGAUGCCCAAGAACCAGGGCAGAGACUCUUAGGUAGGGAGAUCACAAGCAGACAUCAUAGCUCUGCCCAUCCAAUUUUCUAUUGUGGUCCAGAGGAAAGUGUCACGAAUGUGCAACCGCCCAGCCAACUGACGCCGAUCCCGCCUCCCGUGUCAGAUCCACCUGUUCACGUGAAGCAGCAAGAGGAGCAGGAGAGGAAGUUUAGGAAGCAGCCUUUAAACGUGCCCCGUGAGAAGAUAACCAAGGAAACCACCCCACUACUGUAUCACCUCACGGGGGCUCUCAUGAACAGGUUCAAAAACGAUUCUGAUUCUGGAAUGAGCUGUAGGAAUCUAGAACAGAACAGCGGAGCCCUGCAACAGCCAGAAAAAGAGCGAUCCAACGUGAAGGAAGUGAAAGGCACUAAUAUCUGUAGCGACGAGCAUGAAGACUCUAAGAUUACACCACCUGUGGACACGAGUCUAGACGACUUCUCUUAUCCCUGCAACACGCUGGACGACUCCUUUAAAAAAUACUACAAAGAGAAGCUAAAAGACGUCCAGUCCAAGGUGCUCCGGGAGACCUCUUUCAAAAGGAGGGACCUGCAGCCUCACAAGAUAAAACAGAGGCGCGAAGAGCAGCACCCCGUCCUUCAGGUGUUCCCUUCCUCCCAGGACCCUCUGCACAUAGUAGAUAAGCUCAGUCAUCCUCGGCCCCAGCAACAGUCGCAGGUGUCAGACACCAGGAGUAGGAAGGAGAGCCCCGCAGAGAACCUCAGGGAGUCUGAGAUGAGUGGAGGAGAGAGUGACAAACCAGUCGGGAAGGAGAAGGAAAUGAAGGCUGUCCAGGAGAACGAUAUAAGGAGUGAGGAAACGGGGAAGGUACUCAAAGUUGCCCAGCCUCAAGUGCCGCGCAUCGGAGGCCGAAAGCGCCUGACCCAGGAGCAGAAGAAAAUGUGCUACUCUGAGCCGGAGAAGCUUCACAAGCUGGACGAUGUGCCGACCCACAAGCCCUCGAACUCGCUCGGCAACGAGGGAGAGUGUCUGCUCACAGAGGAUGACCUCAGUGAACAGGGUCUGGUGGCCGCCAGGAGGAAGCUGUUCGAGACCCGGGGUCGCGCCCUCUCGGCAUCGAACUUAUCAAAGACCACCCUGAAGCACCUCCAGCACAAGGCCCUCAUGGCCUACAUGGAGCGGAAGACGGGUCAGAAGGCAGUCGAACCCCAGCAGCCUUGUCCUCAGGUGCCCAGCCAAAGGCACUCCACAGCAGGCAGGACGUCUGACUGUGGCCUCAGGCUUCACCACAGCAAUGGAGGCCCGAAGAAGAAACUCCACAGGCCUCUCUCUGCUGGCCGCAUCUUAGACUCUUCCUCUAGCUCCAUCCGGUAUGCCCAGUUCAGUUCCACUUCAUCUAGUGAGCAUUCCCGACAGUCCAGCUGGAAGGAGGUGCUUCUGUCGUCUCCAAGUAAAGCUGCCUCUGUGGAGAGUCUCCUGGAUCAACCGGAACAGUCCGGAUUCUUCCGCGCUCGCUCCAAGUCAACACCUGAUGCCCUCCAGGAUCACAUGAGUAUUAGUGACGCGUCAUCGUCAGAUUCAUCAAGCACUCUGAAAGGAGACUUAAACGCAGCGGCGGAUCUGACCCAGACUGCUGCUUGUGGUGUUCCUGAGGAGCGCCGUCGGGUCGUGGCCCCGAGAGGGAAGUCAAUGGAGGAGCUGGGCGUGUCAAAGGUCAUCAGGCCUGUUUGUCUGAGCCGGAGCUCGGAACAAUUGGACCAGUUCCGUGGCAGCGGCAGGAUGCACAAUUCAACGAAUCCCAGCUCCUACCAAAGCACAGAGAAAAGAAGCGUGGCGGUCUCAGGCGGGGUCUCAGGCGGGGUCUCAGGCGGGGUCCAGCCUGGCCAAUGGACACCGAGAGGGACUGGGCACCAGGAGGAGGGGGUGGAGGCCAUGCAGACGGAGAACCGGCACGCCAGGGGUGAUUCCACCUCCAGUGUGGUAUCUCUUCCUGUGGAUGCAGUGGCACAGUCCUAUGGUCUGAUGUCCACAGCAAAGCUCAGACAGUCUUCACAGGAGGGCAAACCUUUGUCAAGUCUGUCUCAGGCAGAGCCUCCAGUGCCCUCUCAAGUGAAGGAGUGUUUACCUGUGGAUGUGGCUGAGGCAAAACAGCCGGACUCCUCUUAUGAGGUGGUCCUCAGCCAUGGAGUAACCACCGAUCCCAGUCUGUGGCCUUCCUCACUUGAUGAUGAUGAUGAUGGGGAAGAUGAAGAUGAGCAUUCAUCUUCUUAUGACACCAUGGGAAUGGAGAGAACACACAGCUCAGCCCCGUCGUCACAGUCAAAGUCUAACGAGCGGUUGACGCCGUCUCCCAGGGCAACUCCUGUUGCUGAGACCAACGCAAGUACAGGGGGGGAGAGGGAGGAAGAGAGCCAGCAGGAGGGAGACAUGAAAGAUGGGGAGCAGGAAGUCGCAUCAGCGGGGGGAACUCCGGCAGAAGAACCGGAGAAGAACGCCCCUCCCCCACAGCAGAAGCCACAGCAUCAGUGGGCGGUGCUGGUUCAGGAAGUGGCCGCGGCCGACCAAUCCCUGGCACGUUUGCUGCGCCCAGUGGCCAAUCGCAAGACCGCUCUGAUGCUCAUGGAGCAGCUGCUGUCAGAGGACACUCUUCUGAUGGAGGAGCACUACAAGAAGAGGCAGGAGGAGAGAGCUGAGAGUGCGAAUGCUGUUGAGGAGCAGCCUGACCUCUCCUCCAGUAACUCUGAAGAUGUCAGCACUGAGCUCCAGCAGGAAGCUGCUGAGAGGAUAUCUGAUGCGGAUGUGAUUGAGAAAAAGAGGCAGAUGCUGGGCUGUGUGGAGGAGCGUCUGAGAGUCCUUGGGCAGCAGCGCUCCUGUCUGCAGCAGGAGGAGGAGGAGAACGGGGCGCGCGGGGCGGCCAUCACGGCCCUGGUGGCGGAGCGCUGCGUCCCCACUGAGCAGGAGCGAUACGCGCUUUUCAUCGGCGACCUGGAGCGCGUGGUCAGUCUGCUGCUCUGCCUGUCCGCCCGACUGGCACGCGUGCAGAACGCCCUCAGCGCCGUGGACGAACACACGGACCAGGAGGAGAGGGAAUCCCUGGACAACCGCCACCAUCUCUUGUGCAAGCAGCGAGACGACGCCAAAGACCUGAAGGACAACCUGGACCGGCGCGAGCGCGUGGUCUCCAUAUUCUUGUCCAAACACCUGACAGAUGCCGAGCUGCAGGACUACCGGCGCUUCGUCCAGACCAAGGCCUCGCUGCUCAUCCGCCAGAAGGACCUGGACGAGCGGCAGCGCCUGGGGGAGGACCAGAGGGAGGCGCUGGUCCACAGCCUCCCCCCUUAGACGAGGGGGGGAGGGGGGGGCUGGAGAGGAAGGCUCAUCUGGCCAGCUGCUCCUCAGGGUUAUCCUGCAGUGCUGACCCCUUAUCUCUCCAAACAUGAUGCUGUGUCGUGUGAAGCUGCCUAUAUACAGCAGCAUACACUACGUAUAUAUUCUGCGCCGCUUCCUGUUUGUGGAAGUGUAGGACUCUUGGACCUCGGUGCUGUUUUAUUCCCUCAUCUGAGUACUUGCUUCAGUUUGCAUCACAUUUCACACAAGCUUUAAGGCUUUUGAGCGUGGUUUGGAAUGGGUGCUGAAUAUGAAAAGGCUGUCCCCGGUAACGUUUGUAAAUAUUAAUUUCAUGAAUGAAGGCACUCUAGACAAAACCAAAAAAAAGGAAGAAUGAAAAAAUGAAGAAAAGCACUUUGAUAUUUCCAUGCACUCGUAUACUGUAUGUCUCUCUAAGGUCUCCUCUGUGUGUUUUAAUCAUUCGGUGCCUUUAUUUAUUUCAAGUUUUAUGUUUGUAAUGGCUGUCCACGGACGGCGUGAUCAUAAAAAUGCGAAUUUAUCACAAUUCAGUGGUAUUAUGAUCGUAUCUUUAAAUCAGUAAGUAAAUAUUUAUCCUUUUAUUUCAACAGUUGCCUUUAUAUUGUACUGUGCUAUACAAUCCCAGAGGCAUUGAUGCCACCACAGAAACACCAAUCUCUUGAAUGUUAAAUGUUUUUCAGUUAUUUCUCACACAAACCCUACUGGCAGGAUUACAAGUCUCUGGUAAUAAAUGUAAACUAUUCAUCUAUACAUAGACUGGAUACAUUUCUGACCUAGUUUGGACACUGGAUUGUCCAUUGUGUCAUUUACUUAUUUUGUCAAACUCCCUAAAUGCAUGGAUGACUCUAAACAUUAUGAAAGGUUGGACUGAAGCAACUUUUGAGACGGGCGUAAAUUAUGUGUCUGAGACAUAUUCAAAGCUUUCUGGAUUCACUGAAUUCAGGCAAAUGUCGAGCUUGAAGGGAUUUGUUCUUGGGCUAUCACCACCCUUCCUACAUAAUAAUCAUUUCUCAGAUGUUUAUCAGAUACAGACGUCUCUCAAAGAAAACAACACACUUAAGCUACCCAACGUGUGCAUCUAGAGUAUACCAGAGCUUGUCUGUCUUUUUAUUUUGAAGGCGUACAGUACAGGGUACAUGAACUCAGCGAGCUGAAUGUUGUUUAUGGUUUCCCACUCCCUUUUUCACAAGCGAUUUGUCACAAAUGAGUUUUCUAAAAUAUCUAAGGAAUAUUUUCCAGCAACCUUUUCUCCUGAGAUUUAUGCCCACUGACAUUUCAGUUGGAUAAACAUAAUGGAUGUUUGUGUUGGCCUUUGCUCAGAACGUGACCUCAAAGGUUAAGUGACCCUAUGUCUCAAAGGGGCUGUGUUUAUACGGCCACGAAGGAAUUUGAAAAACAACCAGCGCUGCAUUACAUUACGUUACAGAAACCGUACAACCAACAAAGGAGCACAUUCUUGCUUUCAAUAAGUGCACACUAAUUUCCUGUUAUGUAUGCUACAUAUGCACACACAUGUUCCAUUGAUUUAUUUCGUUUUGAUCUGCAUUUCACGACAGGCGUUUCUUUGUUUUGCCAGCAUUGCUGAAGUGGGCUGGUUUGUUGUUGUGUGUUUGGAUAGGACAAUGCCAUGGGCAAGAUGGGGUUAUGUAAUGAGACUCAUGGCACUAGUUUGUCACAUGGUUGCGGUCUUUGUUUGUUUGGAUAUCACAUCUAUCUCACCGUCAGUUUGGAAUCGACAUAAACAAGUGUACAACAUAUCAUUUAGCCGUCCAUUUGACUAGACUGACUGUUCUUUUACUUGAAAGGACUUUGUAGUUAUUUUUUUUUCUUUUGUUAAUGUUUAUGAGUUUCUUUGUUUUGUUAUGAUGUGAAUGAAUAACACAUUUCAGUUUCAUGUUCAAUUGAAGCUAUAAGUUGCUUUACUGUCUCUUCAUACACAGAGAAAAAUCAUAUGUGCUGUGCCUUAUUAAAAUCAGGCAAUGGUU